AAUAGUAAUAACAUUGUAAGAUAUACAUUGCAAAUGUGAUAACGUUACCAGAUACACGAGGCUUUCCUCGCGAGAACUGACUCUCAAAUUACAGACAGAAGAGCUACCAAUUCGCUUUUAAAAGCACAAAAAGAGCGGAAAACAUGUUGGGCGUAUUUCCUGUGAUCCCUCGACAGCGCAACAGCAUGGCCAUGCUUCAUCCCCUGUGGCCCGGCGACGCCUGGGGCAUGAUGGAGCCCAUGAUGGAUGAGUGGAACGACGUGGGGACGACAACUUACCGCCGUCCGUGCCCCACAUGCCACGGCCACGGCACGCGUUACACCUACGGCGCCUCCCCGCGCUGGACGUCGCUCCUCAGUCGCCGGCCGCUUCUCCUCCGCGACGUGUCCUCGCUGCUCGUCCCGUUCAGCGACGUCUCUCUGCGAGACAAAGAGGAAGGUGGGAAGGACGGCGAGGAACGCCCAUCAGGAGAACAGAGGAAGCCUCAGGGCGCAGAAGGAGGCGGACAGGAAGGUCCUUAUUCGAGGAAGGAGAGCGAGAAGGACGAGGACGCAGACAAGCCAUGGCAGUACAGUGUGGACGUGGGUGGGUGUGACGAAGUGCGGGCGUUUGUGGAAGACGGAAUGUUGAUGGUGGAGGGACGUGGACAGCAAGGUGGGUCGUCAGUGAUGGUGCGUCACGUGACCUCAGUUCCUCCGCACGUCAAACCUGACGCGCUGAAGGCGACGCUGAAGGAGGACGGACGACUCCUGUUGAGUUGGAAGAGUGACAAAGAUCCUCCUGCGGUGACCAACAUCAGCAUCGACAAGCAAG